ACAUGGAUCAAGCAUUAAUGCGGUAUCGGUUACAGAUUCACGGUCAUUUGAUUUCCUUUUCUGCUUUUUGGUUUUGGGUUUAUAAGAUUUGCGCAAGUUCACUUUCCUCUCCGUUGCUUCCCUGUACAAAAGUUGAAGAUUAGGGGUGUUUGAAGGCUCAGCUCAACCUCCAUUGAGCUGAGCUCGUCAAUGGGGCUAAGUAUUGUAUUGGAGAGUCAAAAUCAUUUUGAAGUUGGAUCAAGACCUAAGAUUGCACGUUCAUUGCACUCCAGUAGGAAGAAUGCUGAAGAAAGGUUUGUAUAUCAAUGUGCAAAUGCUGAAGAUAGAGAUAAAGAAGCGCAAAAGUUAGGCACUCGUCACUUAAGUGGUAGCGAACAUAAAGAAUUUUUUCUGAAUAAUCCUGCCAGUCCUUGCGAAAAAAGCAUGCCUUCUAAGUUAAUUGCAUUUGAUAUAAUAGAUGGUGGUGUGGUAAAGCGGAGUUCGAUGUAUCAAGGCUCAAGCGAAAUCAGAAGAAUGCUAAAGCUAAGAGGUGGAGAGAAAAAUCUAGAACCUUACCUUGAUGAUGGUUCUUUUCUAUCCUUUGAACUUGUCAACUCCACACCAUGGAGGACAUCAAAUGAAUCUGUUAAGUUUCCUCAACUGAAGAAAGAACCACUGAUGCCCUUAAAUUUACAACCGAAAUCAACAUCUGUUGUUCAGUCACUCCCAAAGUCAAACAUGGAGUUCCUAGACUUGUCAUUUCGUGAUCUUCUGGUGGACCGCUCUAAGAUCAGCAUUUCAUACUCAGAUGCGGCUCCGGCAGGUAGCAGUUCUGCAGAUAGCAUGUUGGGGAUAUGCUUACAAACGGAGGAGAUCAACAACAUUCUAGUAAAGGCAGUGCCUGAUUUUCUGGAGGAAGGGAAAGUGAAGGAAACUAAGUGUAGGCAUCAGUUCUUAAAUAGUGGAGUUGAAGCAAAUAUUUAUGAAAAAGAUACUGUAUGCGUUCUGUCCAAGUGCUUUUCAGAAAAGGUGGGAAUUUCUAACUCGUGUUAUAAAGAAAGAGAGAUCUUGAAAUCCAAUUAUAAGACUCGUUUCAGCCCAUUUAAGAAAAUGUUGGAUCCUGUAAUGAAAUCAAAAUCUCUGCGUAACCAGUCACUCAUGGAACCAGGAACUACUAGUAGCACACCUGAUACUGUGAGCUUAAGUAGAUAUAAGGUCUUCCCCAGAUCCUUAAUGAAUGAUUUCUCAAAGGCAGCUCAGAAGAUUGAUAGUGACAGGGCUAGUGACCAGGUAAUCAAAACAGCGACGUCACCCGUGCACUUGCAUGCUAUUCUUAAGUGGGAAUUUAGCCAUGGUAGCUCAUCUUAUGAAUUCUCCGUCAAAGAUCCUGAAGAUGUUCUGAGUGCAAAGACAUGGAAAACAGAAAAUGCAUUUAAUUGGGUGUAUACCUUCCAUUGCUGUAAAAUGAAGAGUAAUAGCAUCAUUCAUGGGAAAAAGAACAGGCUUCUUCAGCCUUCUCAUAUGAUUGGUCAGAUGCAGGUUUCUUGUUACUUGUGCUCUGAAAUCAGUGAAGCUGGAUCAUUAAAUAACUCUGCGGUAACAGAGUUUACUUUGUAUGACAUUGCUCAAGCAAGAAGGAGCGUUGCAAUUGAAAAAUCUGAUUGUCCUUCAGACUCCAAUCAAACUUCUGCUUUUGCUGUUGCUGAUAGCUUGGUUAGAGGGUGUUCCAGUGAGUUCGACAUUGACCCUUCCACUUCUUACCCGUGGGCGUCAGCUGAUUUGCUACCGAACCUUGAAAUAGCUUCCAUUGUUACUCAAAUUCCAUUUACUAAGAAAGAAGCCUUGGAAAAUAUGCAAGCAAGAGAUAAUGACAACUGUGGAAACCAAGACUUACCAAGUUCUCAUGCUGCAGAUCAGACAAGAGUUACCAUUGAUGGUUACUCAAGUCCUGCAUAUGUGAAGGUAGUUACACCCAGUGGGAAACACGGGCUCCCCGACAAGGAGGACAUAGGACCCUCAUCGUUACUUGAUAGAUGGAGAUUUGGUGGAGGAUGUGAUUGUGGUGGUUGGGACAUGGGCUGCCCAAUUGUUGUAUUUGACAAUGCCAAUGAUGAUAAUGUGACUUCAAGAGCAGAAACUCAACAACCAAAUAUUCUUUUUUUUAAGGGUAAAAAAGAGAAGGUUCCUGCUCUCACCAUUACAGAGACUGGGAAGGGACAGUAUGCAGUUGAUUUCCAUGCACAGUUAUCAACAUUACAGGCCUUCUCAAUCUGCAUUGCCAUUCUUCACAGUUCAGAAGCUUCUUCAGCCAUUGGUCAAGACAAUAACAAGUAUAAGCUUUACUCUAAUUCCCUCAAGCUUAUCCUUGAAGAAGAAGUGAGACAUAUCAUGGAAGCUGUAGCAGAGGAGGAGAAAAGAAAAGAGAAGAGGAAAGUUGAGCAGGCACCUCCAUUUUUCUUCCUUGACCCUCCAUUUUCUCCAAUGGGGAGAGUCUAGAUUUCCAAGAGAAGUAGCUUUACAGUGAAUUUAACUAUGGAACCAGCAGAUCACAUAACAUACAGUAGCAUCUAGCUGCUAAUGCACUCAUGGAAAAGAAAUUAUGCUUUCAAAGAUCAAUAAAAUCAGUUAGUGGCUGCUUCAAACUUGCUGGAAUUUGUGGUAUUCAAUUCAUUCUAACACUUUAUUUGUAUAAAUAUGUCAGGUUGAACAUCUCUCUAAGUAUAUGUGAAUUUUGAGAGAUGCGUAUGAGAGAGAGAGAGAGAGAGAGAGAGAGAGAGAGAGAGAGAGAGAAUACAUUUUUAAUGUUGCAAAAUGAAGGUGGUACAAAUAUAA